AUGACUUGUAAACUCCCUGUUGAUUGCCUCAACGAAAUUUUCGAAUAUUUAGAAGAAGACAAAGUUACUUUACACUCAUGUUUAUUAGUUAACCGUCUUUGGUGUCAGGUUGCAGUUAGAAUUUUAUGGAGGGAUAUUUGGAGUUUUCAUUAUAAUGUACACUAUAGACCGUACCGAACGCAUGUACCGAUUUCUAUAUUUAGUGCUUUAUUCGCUUGUCUUCCAAAGGAAUCAAAAACCGUUUUAUAUGAUAACGGGAUCGUCACCUCAACACCUACUUACAAGUCUCCAUUUUUUAAUUACGCUUCCUUUUGCAAGGUUCUAUCCCUUUAUAAGGUUGACAAGAUCAUUGAGCACGUGGUUCAACAUCAGAAAUCCGUUACACCUCAGAAUUUGCCAUUUAUCAAAUAUUUAACGAUGCAGGAAAUCUUAAAACUGUUUAUGACACAAAUUUCUUCCUUAAAGGUUUUAGAUUAUACUUUUAUAUGCUUUGAAACCAUACCCAAUUUACUCGAUGUUCCCUUUACUUACUUUCCUGGAGGUAUAAGUUGUAUAAAAAACCUUACAGAAUUAAGGUGUAAUUCAAACAAUUCCUCCGAAUUUUUUUAUCAUUUAUUACAAUUUUGUUACAACCUAAAAUCAUUAACUAUAGAAUUUGAAAAUAUCAUUUCAAAUGGGUUAUUCGACCUGAUCGCUUCACAAAAGAAUUUAAAACACUUGAAAUUAUUUCAAUCCUGUGACGGCGUAUAUUGGACGGAUAUCUUAUCAGCUUUGAUAAAACAUUCCACGACCUUGACGAAAUUACAUCUCGUUUCAUUUGCUGAAGAUGUACCGAUAUCUUUCAUCUCUGCAUUCUCGAAUUUACAUGAACUCAAUAUUUCCUUUUAUGAAGAAAGAUACUUUGACGAUUUUAAAGAAUUACAAUUCGUUACCUUUCCCAAGUUGCAAAUCCUAAAAAUUCCUUACGCGUGUCCAAAGGUUGAAUAUUUUACAUCUUUUUUAGAAAGGAAUGGAAAGAACCUAAAAGAAUUUAAUACGGACACGGAUAAUAAAUCAUUAAAGUCAUCUAUAGUUAAGCUUUGUCCAAAUCUCGUUAAGCUUUCUUUAUUAUUGAAGAAUGAUGAAGUGGAAACUUUAAAAAUCAUCUUUAAUGGUUGUAAACAAUUGGAGAGUCUUGAAGUAUGGUGUGGUGAAUUUUGUGGUAAAAAAUAUUUGAAGGAAGAAGAACUAUUUGCGAUCAUAGUGGAUCAUUCUCCACCAAGUUUUCAUGAGUUAAAGCUCUAUAAUUUGGAUGGUUCGGAGUUAUUUCCCGAGGACCUGGAUUCUUUUUUGAUGUGUUGGAAAUUUCGCAUACCAUUCAAAUCGUUUUCUUUAAUAGUUAUUGUUGAUGAUUCUAUCAAAGAUUUUUACUUGGGGGGACUUCAAAAUAUACAUAAGAAAAACAUGGAAGUGAUCGAAAAAUAUAAGAAAUUGAAUAUCUUGAAGAAAUUUGAAAUUGAGGUGAAGGAUGAUGAUGAAGAAUAG